CAAUCAACUCUCCCCCAUACCACACAAAGCUCCCUACAACACAAUUACCAAUAAUCAAUUCAACAUGGGUCGCUGGGGUGAACGUUUCUUCGAAGGUGAUAACGACCUCGACGAGGCAAGCAUGAUGUCCGAGGAUGCGGGAAUCGAGCUCUACUACUACGAGAUCGACGAGCGAGAGAGCGAAGAUUUCUCCUUCUCUGGCAAGGGUCUCGAAGCUACCAGAGAUCACCUCAACAAUGGCGUCUUGCGCAGUCUCUUCAACAAGUACUCCGCCAACGAGCCCUUCCUCUCUGGAAGUCUUAGCUCCAAAGAGCUUCGACUGGUUCUGCUUGCUGCCUUGGCAAUGCGUGUCGGUGCCACCAUCGAGCCAGUCCACAUGGAACUCCUCCGUGAUUCCUACCCCAAGAUCCACGUCUCUCCCAAAUAUUCCUUCCCCCUGGCCGACUCUGGAUUCCGGGCACCGAUGAAGGAACAGUUCGAGAUUGCUCUAGCCAAAUACAAAAACGACGGUACUCCCUACAACUUCGACGCAAUCCGCUGCGAGCACAAGCCAUGCUCCAAGGAGAGCAAUGAGUUGGGCGAGGGAAUGAUAUUGAAGAAGUGCGGAAAAUGCCAGGAGGUACUUUAUUGUAGCAAGGAGUGCCAGACCAGCGACUGGACCAAGCAUAAGAAGACCUGCACUACUCCCGAGAAGCGUGCCGAGCAGGAGAGUCAGCGCAAUGCUGGAAGAGGUUUCAUUUCAUUGAAUGUUUGA